AUGGCACAACCACAACCGCCCGAGCAGUGGGCUUGCCCGGCCUGCACGCUUCUCAACAACGUGCUAUUACCUCGUUGCACGUUGUGUGGGGCAGCACGGCCGGCUUCAAUCAAUGCCAAACGCCCCGCGUCCUCCCUCGAUCGCCUUCAAGCACCGUCCCGUAAAAUCAGCAGGAACAAACCAAAGCUGAGCACCGCUUCGAGCCAGCCUCAAAGCCCUGACACCAGUGCUGCCGCCAAAGGCGCGGGUUCCGGUGCAAACACGACCGCUGUCGCCACCGGCGCUGCUUCCGCUUCUAAAAACAGACCCAAGAGUGGGUCCAAAGCCAGCGUCAAGGCUGGCAAGACUGGGACCAAGGCAAAUCCGACUCAACGUCGUGGGUCCGACCGCUUUGGCACCCAGCGCGAUGGUACGCCCACCUAUCGGGCGCUGCAUCACCUUUAUGAGCAAGGCCGAAGUGCCACGGAGCAGAUUCGAGCUCCUUUCGAACACGGGCCUUGGCCCAAGGUCAUUGGCGAGUGUAUCGUACAGGGCAUAGCCAACCGUAGUGGCCGUGGUUUGCUCAGUGCCGGAGACGCUCUGAGGUUCUCUUACAGUUUGCCCGACAAGCGACAUUCACACCAUGGCACGGUCACCUUCGGACGUGAUCAUGAGCUGGGUACUCUAUCUACCCAGGCGUCUCUUUGGCUUGGGCCUCUUCUGGCGGCGGGAGCCGUCCGCCUAACGGGCACCGCCAUCUACCUCAAGAACCCAGAAAAGCUUUCCUUCUCCGAUACCAUCGACAUUUCCAUCACCAUCUAUGGAUCACCCGUGGCCUUUCUCCAGCGCCCCGACGAGGCCUUUGCGGGCAACGUCGCAACAGAGGGCCUCGAGGUGACCAUUAUCACGCGCGCCUGGCAGGCCUGCUUCACCAACUGCGGUUUCAUUGACGCCAAUGCGCAUGGCGGGCCUGCUCUGCGACGACCAUCCACUGCAGAUGCCGCCACUGAUUCUACACAAGCAGACGAGACGGCGGACAGGGACGGUGCUCAGGACGAGGAGGGAGAGGAAAACAAUGACCUCCAAUUCAUAUGCGAGCAGUUGGGCCUCGAUCAGACGCUGAUGCCCACGCUUGAACCGCACGCUUGCGUUAAGAGCACUCUUCGACCCUACCAGAAACAGGCUCUCUGGUGGCUGGUGUCGCGCGAGCAGCUCUCGGCUAGUGCCCGCGAUACUGGCCGCGAACGCCAACUUCACCCUCUGUGGCAGGAAAUGCGCUUUGCCAGCGGAGAUGCUUUUUUCUGGAAACAGGCUGGCGGGCGCGUUUCCGUAUACUUUCCACAUGCUUCACAACAGGCGCGUGGUGGCAUUUUGGCAGAUGCAAUGGGGUUGGGCAAGACCGUUCAGUCCCUCGCGUUAGUGGCUACACAGCCGGCGCCACCAUCCUUUAUUGCGAGUCACCAUGACUCGGCAGCGAGCAAUGCCUCGAGUGCCGAGCCGCUUCUUGGUGCACCGACGCAACGAGCUCGCGAUAGCCUUUCACUUGAUGAAUUUCUCGAUGCGCGGCCUACGCGCAGGUCAAGCGAUGGCUCAGAGGCAGCGUCAGCCGUCGGCAAUGCUCUGGCCAGCUCCAACACAUCAGGAAUACCUGGUAGCAAGGCCACCCUCAUCGUUUGUCCCGUGUCCCUGCUAUCACAAUGGGAAGAGGAGGUUCACCAACACCUAGAGGGCAUGAAAGUCUUGCCGUAUCAUGCUCAGCGUUCUACGGUUACCCCCGCGCUCAUAUGGACCGAGUACGACGUUGUUCUGACAACCUACGGCGUGGUGACUUCUGAGCACAUGCAACACUUGCGGGGUCAGACCUCUUUGUUGUUUGGGACACACUUUUGGCGCAUCAUCCUGGAUGAGGGUCACAUGAUCCGCAACCGCAACACUGCAGGCGCUCGUGCUUGCCACGAACUCUCCGCCCGUAAUCGUUGGGUCCUAACGGGUACUCCCAUCCAGAACCGGCUGGAGGAUGUGUACUCUCUGAUUCGUUUUUUGCGAGUGGAGCCCUACGCGCACUUCUCGUAUUGGCGACAGCACGUGCAAGAGCCCUUUGAGCGCGAUGAGGACGCUGGGAUCAGCGCCCUACAAAAGAUUCUAGCCCCUCUCUUGCUUCGGCGCACCAAGCAUACCAAGGACGAGACUGGAUCGCCCAUCGUGCAGCUCCCCUCCUCGUCGGUCGAAGUUCUGAUGCUCGAGUUCUCAUCCGCUGAACGCGAGUUUUAUGAUGCCAUCUUUCAGCGCUCCAAAAACAAGUUUGAUGAAUUUCAGGCCGCUGGCAAGGUGCUGAACAAUUAUGCCAACAUUUUGGAGUUGUUGCUGCGCCUGCGGCAAGCCUGUGACCACCCAUUCCUCACCCUGCGCAACAUGACGCAAGAGGAAGAGGCAGCGCGGGAGGAUAAGCGCCUGCGCACACAAGCGCGACAGGGCGUGUUCUCUGACAUUGACACGCUGGUCGCCAAGUUUAUGUCUGACUCUCGUCAGGGAAAUGCAAGCCUUCGUGCAGACCACGUGGCAACAAUGGCCGAGGAUUUACGUUAUCUCCUGCAGCGCAGCAGCCAUGGCGCAUCGGCGCAACAGAAUCAAGAGACCAAAGCAACGGAGCAGGCCCCACCCGAGUGCUCAGUGUGCUUGGACACAAUUGACGAGCCCGUGGUAACGCCCUGUGCGCACUAUGGGUGUCGGGUCUGCAUGGAGAACGCUGUGGAUAACUUCCAUGAAUGUCCACUGUGUCGCAAGCCUUUGCAACGCUCGUCACUAUUUCGCAUUCAAGCGCCCGAUCCGGACGUUGAGAGUGCGGCCACCGCCCCACCCAACGAGGACGAUCGGCAACACUGGCUGUCUUCCAGCAAGCUCAAGGCCUUGCUGGCCGAUCUUGACGCGGCAACACAACAACCUGAUCGGCCAAAAGUGAUUGUCUUCAGUCAAUGGACUUCCAUGCUGGACCUAAUAGAGGUGUUUUUGAUGACGCUGCGUACAGGUGGGGUGGGGUUGAAUCUGACGGCAGCCUCGCAUGUCAUAUUGGUGGAUCCCUGGUGGUCACCGGCCGUGGAGGCCCAAGCUAUUGAUCGUGUCCACCGAAUUGGACAGGAUAAGCCUGUCACCAUUAAGCGCUACAUUAUGCGGGAUUCCAUUGAGGAACGUAUCUUGGCGUUGCAGAAGAGAAAGCGUGCGCUGGUUCAUAGUGCCUUAACUCGCAAUGCGACGGAGCGGCAAGCAGAACGCAUGUCCGACCUUAAGCUGCUAUUUGGCCAAUUCUAA